CUCUACAGCCAAUACUUCCUGCUCUGCCUUAACUUACGCUUGCUGCGUACUAACCAUAACUUCCUCAUGAAAAUGAAAAAAUAGCUCUCUGUUUCGCCAAUACAUAGCACCCAGCUCACGUUAGUUAAUGGCCCUCCUUUAUACAAGUACCACUAUAUUAAAACCCAUUUAUGGCGGGAAACCGCUAACCGUUUAUACGUUGAAAUUUGUCUCUGUUUUCAUGCGACUCUAUCUCUCUUCUGCCUGUAGUUGGUUUAGCCAUUAUCUGCCACGUCUGUUUACGAAUCAAUGGCGGCUUGCGGUUCGAACUCUUUGAUGUGGUUUAGGAAGGGUUUGAGACUCCAUGAUAAUCCAGCAUUGGAGUAUGCAGCCAAAGGGUCGAAGUUUCUGUACCCAGUUUUCGUUAUUGAUCCACACUACAUGGAGCCUGACCCGACUGCAUUCUCUACGGGUUCCUCUAAAUCCGGGUUGAACCGGAUCCAGUUCUUGCUUGAAAGCCUUGUUGAUCUUGAUUUGAGCCUCAAGAAGCUUGGUUCACGUUUGUUGGUGCUCAAGGGUGACCCUGGUGACGUGUUGAUUCGCUGCUUGAAGGAGUGGAGCAUUGGGAAACUUUGCUUUGAGUACGACACGGAGCUCUACUAUCAAGCUUUAGAUGAAAAAGUCAAGACCUAUGCUUCUGUAACUGGUGUAGAGAUUUUCUCUCCUGUGAGUCAUACCCUCUACAAUCCUGCCGAUAUAAUGCAAAAAAAUGGGAGAUCCCCACCUCUGAGUUAUCAGUCCUUUCUCAAACUGGCUGGGCAACCAUCUUGGGCAUCAACCCCGCUUUCAACUGCAAUAUCUUCACUUCCCCCUAUUGGAAAUACUGGAAGUUUUGCACUCUCAGGAGUUCCAACUGUCAGAGAACUUGGUUAUGGAGAUUUAGCAGAGGACGAAAGGACUCCUUUUAAAGGAGGCGAAUCAGAAGCACUAAAGAGAUUGAAAGAAUCAAUUGCUAACAAGGAAUGGAUAGCAAACUUUGAGAAACCCAAGGGUGAUCCAUCUGCAUUUCUAAAACCAGCAACAACUGUUUUAUCACCCUACUUAAAGUUUGGUUGUCUCUCUUCCAGGUACUUCUAUCAGUGCAUUCAGGACAUUCAGAAAAGUGUUAAAAAGCAUACCUCUCCACCUGUUUCUCUUCUUGGACAGUUGUUAUGGCGCGACUUUUUCUAUACAGUUGCCUUCGGGACUCCUAAUUUUGAUCAGAUGAAGGGUAACAGAAUAUGCAAACAGAUACCUUGGAAGAAUGAUGAUGAAUUGCUUGCUGCUUGGAGAGAUUCCAGGACAGGGUUUCCUUGGAUUGACGCCAUAAUGACCCAGCUUCGAAAGUGGGGUUGGAUGCACCAUCUUGCUCGACACAGUGUUGCAUGCUUUUUAACUCGUGGGGAUCUGUUUGUGCAUUGGGAGAAAGGACGUGAUGUUUUUGAAAGACUUCUUAUUGACUCUGAUUGGGCAAUCAACAACGGAAACUGGUUGUGGCUAUCAUGCUCUUCAUUUUUCUACCAGUAUAAUCGGAUUUAUUCACCAAUUUCAUUUGGAAAAAAGUAUGAUCCUGCCGGGAACUAUAUCAGGCAUUUUCUCCCUGUUUUAAAAGAUAUGCCUAAGGAGUACAUAUAUGAGCCUUGGACUGCUCCCAUAAGUGUCCAACGUAAAGCAAAAUGCAUCAUUGGCUUAGAUUAUCCCAAACCAGUUGUUUCCCAUGAUUCUGCAAGCAAAGAAUGUCGGAUGAGACUUGGUGAAGCAUAUGCAUUGAACAAAAAGCUGAAUGGCUUGGUUAGUGAGGAAGACUUGAACAACUUAAGAAGAAAAGCGGGCAAUGAAUCUACAAUUCUGGACUCCGUUUCCAGGAAUAAAAAGCAAAAGUUAUUUGACUAAGACUAGUCCAUUGAGAUUUGAAACCAUAGUCUGCAUCUACAAGAUUGGAAGCAAGGCACCAGCAUUUAUAGGAGCUAUGAAAGAGCAUUCCCCUCCAAUGACACAUUCUUUAAAAUGGUGUCACUGGUGUACCUAAGGGUAGAGUGUUCUAAUGUAGGAAUCCUAUCCUAGUAUCAUGUGUGGAUCAGGACUCAGGAUAUUAGAGUUAACAUAGUGAGAGGAGAAUGAGUGUGUGUGUUUGUGUGACAAAAUAGAGUGGCACACUUCUGGUAUGUUUCAAUAUUUAGAGGGAGUGAGAUCAUUAAGAUAUUUUAGUUUAGUUUUCUUUAAUAGUGCCAACCUGAACAGAGAUGUGUAGGAAGAAUGUGUGACGUGUCCCUGUUGUUAUUUGACGAUGUCACUGACCAGUGACCACAAUACAAGAUAGUACAUUUUAGACA